CGGCGCUCCCACAAAAAGAAGAAGCGCACAUCUCAUUCAUGCUGGCGCCAUGCGGCGCAGCUAUGUGGGAGAGGUCUCGGUCUAUCGCAGCAAUGCGUAUCAGGGUCUCCGCUUCGCCGACGUGCAGAACUGCGCGCCGCGUGCAGAACUGCGUGCACGUGCGCGGGCCUAUGUAGGGGAGGAAGAUGAAGACUGCAUACCAGCUGCGAGCAGCGCUCCUGAACGUACCUGGAGGAAGGUGAACAAAGUCUCGACUCUCCCGCUACCAGUGAGCCUGCAGGAAUCUUUGACUUCGCCUCACGUGCAAUUGGUCAUCCAAGCACCGCAAGGAGUACCCAAAGGCGGACGCCCCAGAUGCCGGACUCGAUCUGCCCUCUCACUCAUCUUUGAAGAGAACCGAUUUCCAGAACCCUUGUACUAUCGCAAUGUGGAUUGCAUGGGUAUCCCUUCUCUCCUGUCGCAGAAGGAGUGCGAAAAAAUCAUCGACUUCGCCGAGAGCUGCCACUUCCGAGACCUUGUGCGGCUCAGGGUGGUGGAUUUAUGCUACGUGGACAUCAGAGAUGCGAGUUUCGCUGAAGCUCUUUGGAAGUCUGGGCUCGGCUGGCUGCUGAGAACCGUGCGAUUGGAUGGAAUGAUCCCCUGUGGCCUGAACGAAGUGGUCCGAAUCCAGAAGUUCGUCCAGGGUGGACAUGUGGCCUUGCACACAGACCGACCCAUUCGACUGGAGGACGGACGGGUUUCCAAGUACUCCUUGCGAAUCUUCUUGAACGGGUCAACCGACAAACACUUUGAGGGUGGCCUGAGCGUCUUCCAUGUGCCGUUCCAAGAUCCGGUGGUCUUCGAACCAAUGACGGGCCUGGCGCUGUUGUACCCCCAGGGUGAGCUUUGUACGCCCCAAGAGGAAGCCGAGGUGAGCGGCAUUGAAGCAGGGAAAGCAGGGAAGAUGGUGAAGAUGUUGGUGUCUUUUACCGGUUUCAGAGUGUAUGGCCACAGAUCCAUACAGAUCCCAAAGACAUUCUUUGUUAUGGUCUAUCUUCAGCACCUUUUGUUCGGACCACUUUCCUCGGUGGGCUUUGUGUGAUUCUCCCAACCAUUGAUGCACUCACCGGUCGAGUUCCAUCCUUCGUGUGGCACAUCCACAUCACGAUGGGCAGAACGAGACGAGUCACGGACAUGGGUGACAUGAUGACAUGUACUCACUUGGAACAGGAGGCUCUGAACUCACUGUGCCGCUUCCCAGGUGACCCGGUGUCUUGUACACGCGUUGCGACUCAGGUGACCUUCGGAACGAAGUAUGUCUUGAGAGCUGAUGUCAUCUUCCGCCCUGCAUUGCCAUAGGCAGAGGGCGAGAGAUGACCACUUCUUGUCCAGUGAUGUCUGAAGAACUGUGAAGAACUGAGUCCCAUCGUUCUGCAUGGGCGCAUCAAGUCGAAGUCUCUCGUAGCCAAAGUGCCGCAGCGGAAGACUGGACCUGGCAAAAAAGUCGGCAGGGAGACUGGACACGUGUCUCAUAUCUCGAAAAGGGCAGCCAGUUGUGGGUCAAAGCACAUCUAAUUAAUCCAAACUACUUAGUACAUCUACA